CUCUCUAUUUACGAUCGUAUCUCGACCUGCUGCUGGGCAUCCCAAGCACUCCCCGAAAAUGGCAUAGUUUCCAGCCCAACUCGUGUGUCCAGACACAAGCGUCGCGAUCCUCAUCAAAACUGCGAUCUGGCCUUGGAUGAAUUUGCCACCAGCGGUCUGAUUGCAAACUCCAACUCGACCUCUGCCUUCCUCACUACUUCACUAGACGAUGAGCCGGCCAGAAAAUCGAGUUCAUCCUUGAGCUGCACCAGAUUACAAAAGUCUCUGAAAUGCAGGCUUUAA